UCCUUUCAGCGGCAAAAGAGUAGGGGGGGAGAAAGAUACAUCGAUUAUCCAUCUCUGUCUACCCGUAUAGCCGAGCAGAGCCAGAGCUCAGUGCGUGCUCGCCCAGCUGGCUCGCGAAGCUCGAAGCGCAGUGAUGUGCAGUGGAAGGAACACGUUGCUGUGAUACAAACAUGCAGUGCUGCGGAAUAAUCGUGCGGCCUGCACUGCUGCGACAACGAUGAUCGCCGUCGGCCAGACAAUGAGAUAGCGCACUAGAGGAAGUGGACGACGAUGAGGCGCGAGCUAUUGCUCGGCUACGUGCUCCUCACGCUCUUCCAUGCUAGAGUGUUGGCUGCUGGUGCCACUUGUAGAGAUGUGAACGGGCUGCUUCACGAGACUGGCUAUCAUUACAUUCCUGGACCCGAACCCUGCACUCUUUGCGUUUGCGACAAUGGCAAUCCCACCUUGUGCAAAGCUGUACUCUGCAAGUACAAGAAUCAGGAGAGUCUGCCCAACAAGGAUUGCAAGACUUUUCGCUUUGGAAGUACUUGCUGUGAACUAAUCUGCCUUGAUGAUGCUAUAUCAGUCAAUGACAAGACAGAUGGUAGUGGAGCAACUAUCGUUGAUAGUACAAAUUAUGACUUAGGAUUGCGUCUGAUUGCUAGCUGCAUAACAGCUCUCCUGUCACUGGGACUGUUUAUAUUCCUGAUACACCGCUUGAGGAGAAGAAAAAUAAGAGCUGGUAGACAGAGUCAUCAAUUAUCGGAUGAUCAAAGAUCUCUAGGCAGUAUAGGGUACUUGGACAGAAACAGUGUACAGUUGGGCAUGCCUAUGGAGGAUGUACCUUGCAACGGAGGCUAUCCAUUGUGGAAACCACCAAGUAGUUAUUUCCCUCGAGGAGAAGCACCACCACCAUACGAAGAAGCUGUGGCAGCAGCCAGAGCAGAACAAGCUUUGUUGUCAGUCAAUCCUCGUACGCUGUCACCAUUGAAUUUUUCUGGAGCUUAUGUAUCUGCCCAAAGUGCACAUGGCAAUGUUUCUAUAGUCAGCAAUACUCAAAAUGGUCUACCAGCUAGUUCUCCUGCAUUAUCUCAAAAUAAUGCAUCCAGCUCUUCUCCACUGAUUACUAACAAUAGACCUCUCAGCAGUCCAGCUGCUCACAGCUGUUAUCAAGUGGAGUCGACUAUUUCAGAGUUUUGUCCUGGUGCCUGUGCAUCCAGUUUUUCUAUGGGGUUGAAUACCUAUGAAAACCUACCUACUCCUGUAAAUAGAUCAACCUUAUCAAAUAGCGUUUCUAAUAUAACUUCACAACCAACUACUUCGAGCAAUCAACUUCUACUGCCAAAUUCGCAAAAUUCUACAGCACAAAGUCACCAGCAGCAUACGACUCUUCCACGUCAAGGCGGGGCAUUUUCAAUAUCUGCCACACUACCGAAUUCUAGCGGUGGAGUUCAUAGAACGAUACCGAGGACUUUAGCCACCAGUGGCAGUUUACGCUUGAAGAGGGAAUAUUCGGUACGUCAACCGAUUGCACCACUGUUCGAUGCCAAAUCAACGCAUUCUAAAACUCCGACCAAGGAGAAAAACCCAUCGCCAAGAUCCAGCAAUACACGCGUAGUCAUUCCAUCGAGCAUUCCUUCCACUCUAACGAGUGGCGAUCCUGCUGUUCGUACUAAUGCUUUUUACGACACCUCAUGCUCGCGAGACGUGCCUUCUACGUCGACCAAUUCUGUGGAUGUUAAGCCUUCUGAUAUACCUUCUACAUCCGGCACUUACAAGCCUCCACUCGCAACUGCUAACGAAGUGAACGAGGAAGGUAGUUUCGACUCGGUGACGUGUACUUGCAGCGCGCAAGCAUUGCCACCGUUGCACGACGACACGGACGAUUAUAGAAGUGAGUGUGAGAAUUGCAAGAGUGCACACGGCUCGAGGUAUUAUCUUGACAAUGAGAACGAGAUGGUGACCUCGCCGCACGAGACGAUGACACUACAGCGGCGACCCGAGGAUGCUACUUCGAGUACUACUCCUCAGUAUUACAGGACAUCAUUUACAUUGCCAACGAGCAGUCGGCAACGUACAAGGAGCAGCAGCUCUCGUGGCAAUUGGUUUAGCUCGAUGCCGGAAAGCUCGACAGAAUCGUCCGACGGCGAGUAAGCCACACUUAUACACUCACGUGCCAAGUGAACGUUUUCAAACAAGUAUUAGUGUGACUGCGUGCGU